AUGGCCUACGCCUACCUGCCAAGACGUAGAUCGUCUUCUAGUUACCCCUGUUUUUUAGGCCUAAAGGUAAGUAAGAAAGUCAGAACCUGUGACAAAAAAACGCCACCACUGUUCAUUUUUCUAAGAAAAAAAACGAACUUAUUUUUUAAUUUGAUAAGUUUUGAUUUCAAAUUGACUUGUAAAAUUUACAAAAAAAACCCUAGAAAUUUCCCUAAUCUGAUACGAGAUUAUUAA